CCAGUCACUCGCAGCAACGGGAGCGCCUAGACCUGCAAUCCCACAUCACAACCUAACAGACUUUCCUUCCACCAGUAUCUCCUCUUCCUCCUUCUCCUUCUCCUUCUCCUUAUCGUCCUCGUAUCUGUCUUUACUCCCCCGUUUAGCACAAAGACCGAAGAGGUGGAUUUUUUUUAAAAAGUCCACACGACGCCAGCUACGCCAGCAUGAGUGGGAGAGAGUAGCGGGCAGGUGCCAGUGUUGUGUGGUGAAAAAGUCCUUCUCACUGAAUGACGUGCUCUCCAGGAGUGUCAUGACACAGCCCCGUGUUACUGGAUGACCUGCACUCUGCAGUAUAGCGUCGUGACACAGCCCCGUGUUGCUGGAUGACCUGCACUCUCUAGGAAAGUGUCAUGCCACAGUCCCGUGUCACUGAAUAAUCUGAACUCUCCAGGAUAGUGUCAUGAUACGGCCCCGUGUCACUGAAUGAUCUGCACUCUCCAGGAUAGUGUCAUGACACAGCCCCGUGUCACUGAAUGAUCUGCACUCUCCAGGAUAGCGUCAUGACACAGCCCCGUGUUGCUGGAUGACCUGCACUCUCCAAGAUAGUGUCAUGACACAGCUCCGUGUCACUGAAUGAUCUGCACUCUCCAGGAUAGUGUCAUGACACAGCCCCGUGUCACUGGAUGACCUGCACUCGCCAGGAUAGUGUCAUGACACAGCCCCGUGUCACUGAAUGAUCUGCACUCUCCAGGAUAGUGUCAUGACAUAGCCCCGUGUCGCUGGAUGAGCUACACAAACUCCUCGUCUCAGGGUCGCCAUGCCGACCACAAAAUCUCUCGGUGUGACCGCAAUAUGAAACUGCUGGUGCCGUAGGAAAGUCAACAUGCACUUCUGGAUAGACAAGAGGAGUGUCUGCGGCUUGCGGCGCGCGGCUCCGUUAGUUCGGCCCGCCCGUCAGUACUGUCCCAAGCCUCGCUACCGCCCCAUGCUCACCCCUGUACACAGGUUCCAGCAGAUCGAGUCGAUGCAGCUGGAGACCCGGCGGUGCGGGGAGGGGCGUGGAGGGCGGCAGCAGCUGGGACGCGGCCGACGCCUCGGUUCUGCCUCGCGCCCAACCCCCGACGACGACGACGACGAGGACGACGAGAGCGUCCGUGUAAAUCUAGGCGAAGACGUCGCCGCCGCCACCACACCUGGGGAGGAGGCGUGUCUGGCGCGCCUCAGUGUGCCGCCCCCCUCCACCCAUGCCUCCCGCCGAACCUCAGCCAAUUCUUCCGUGUACUCGCACAUCCCCGACAACUUCAACAUGUUCAGGAUGGGCGGCAUCAACUGGUGCGUGUGGGCGGCGUUCAUAGUUAUCACCAUGCUGCUGGUGCCCGCCCAUCUCUACCUUAAAAACUUCGACUACAGAGGAGAACUAAUUGGCAUUUUCUUCGUCAUCAUCCUCCUCUUCCUCGUGUGUUUUUCCGUCUCUCUCUUCCACACUAAGACUCGAGCCAUCCUCCUCCACCGGCUCAACCUCGAGGACGAUGCUCGAGGCUGUGCUCUUGACACUGAGACGGUGUCACCGUCACGCCGGCGCCAUUUUUUCCCGCCAACACCUCUCACCAGCCGUCGGCUGCCACGCCACAUGUCCUACCCGCUAGUCCGUGUGUCCAUGUCCACGCCUGAUCUCCUUGUCAACGGACAGACGCCGGGCGCGCCGGACAGAGUAAGGCGCACGCACACCCACGCCUCGCGAGGGACUCUCAGCGGCAUCUUAAGGUCGUACGACAUCACGACGCCGAGACCGGAGGCGUCUCAGGCCUCCAACGCAGGCAGCGACCCGCCACCAUACCACCUGGCCAUACUGCUCCCCACGCCCACACACGCCCCCACAGCAAGACGCUGCGAGACACCCCCGCCCGCAUAUGAGGUAGUUCAGUGACACCCAGCGCUUUCGUGUGUGUAUGUGACUAAUGAGUCCCGUGUGUGUGUAGUUGUGCCUGCUCAAGCAAGCAGUCGUGCGUGAAUGUGACUAAGCAGAAAGCCCGACCUGGCACACCACAGGUGACACGGCUUCAGGAGGGACUGAGCACACACCUGGGCCAGCCACACCACAGGCUACAUGGGAUGGUGCUGCAGAAUCCCCACAGUAUUACACCCACACAACCACAUCGCUAAACUAAUUAUUCAAUCCACUUAGUGACUUGUGGUCGUGUGACGCAACAGUGCCACACCACGUCAACAUUCAAGUACGAAACCCAAACUUUUUCAAACCAGAUAAUGUUGUGGUAAAUGCCCCUCCGAGUCUUUCAACCAAAGCCAAUACCUAAGGGGUUCUUUUCGGCUUUAACCAUGACCUAUGACAUUGAUUCCCUUGUUUUAUACCGUCUUAAAGUAUGCCAAAUUCCUUUUAGCCUAUCGUACAUUCGCAAGCACCAUCGAGUAUAUGAAGUGCACAGAUAUACCGCAUAUUAUACCAAGGUCACGACACCACAUUAUGCGAAGGUAACGGAUAUGUAGCAUAUUCACGAUCACCAUGGGAUCCGUGGUCCCACAGGGUCUGUGGUACCAUGGUAUCCGUGGUCCCACAGGGUCUGUGGUACCGUGGGAUCCGUGGUCCCACAGGGUCUGUGGUACCGUGGGAUCCGUGGUCCCACAGAGUCUGUGGUACCGUGGGAUCCGUGGUCCCAUAGGGUCUGCGGUACGCGUGAUCCCACAGGGUCUAUGGUACCAUAAAUAAUAGAUAAAUUAUUCGGGUUAUCCCAAACCUCACAAGUUCUCCCAUAAUCAAAAUAAUGCAUUAAUAUUUCACAUAAUCCUUCAGUUAUUAAACUAAUCCUGCAGUUGUUAUGACAAUACUGCGGAUGUUAAGCUAAUCAAGCAGAUGUUAAGGUAAUCCUACCGUGACUGACCAUGAACGGGAAGCUUUAAUUAGCAGUUAAGUGGCACUUAAUGGUUGUUGGUCGCAGAUUUAUUUCUGUAAAUAAUAAGGUUGUUAAUAUCACAGUCGUUACCAUGUCUAAAGAUAAUCUAAUUAGCAAAAUCUAAUCAAAAAGUUAUGAAACAAAAUAUGUUGUACGAGUAUAUAUAUUAUGUUCAUCAUGUAUUUGUAUUUGUUAAGCUUAACAACAAAUAUUUGUAUUUGUUUUGUAUUUUGUAUGUGUUGUACGAAAAAAGGAAAUCUGUGAACAAAAAUCAGCGUGAACAAAAAAAAGACUCUUGGCUCUUCAAAAUAUGUGUGAUGGUCUAACGAAGCUCUAUACUGAUCUCUAUACUGAGCAAUAAACUGAACUGAGCAAUAAACUGAACCAAUUACUAAACUGAGCAAUAAACUGAACCAAUUACUGAACUGAGCAAAAAUUUAACCAAUUACUGAAAUUGAUAUUUCGUUGAUGCUUGGCUGUCCAAGUCUCGUAUGUUUCCUCCAGCAUUAGACGUGCUGUAUUCCUUAAGAAGUAUGUUGGGAGGCGUAUGAAUGAAGUGUGAUUUGAAGUUUAUUGAACAUGUUUGAACCGUUUUGUUAUGAAAGUUUAAUGGUAUUUGUUAUAAAAUAUAUUUGGUCAUAUGAUCGUAUUUAUUUUGGAAUAUAUUUGGACACGUAUGGACAUAUUUGGUAUGAAGUAUAUUUGCAUACGUAUGGACGUAUUUGUUAAAAAGUAUAUUUGGACUUUUAUGCAUAUUAUUUGUUGAAACGCACUUUAUAAACACUGUAUUCGUAAUGACAUGUAUAUGAUAGUAUAUUCAAGUCUACCUCAUAUUUAGACAUACAUGACCGGGAUACAUUUGAUAUAUUCUGUGUAUUUGGGUAUGUAUAACAGUGCUCAUUCGGUAAAUGUGCUUACAAAAUCAACUUAAACUUAUUUGAACACAACGAACGGGAUCCCGUAGCAGGGUUCGACCCCUUCUUCAUGCUGUAACCCGUCCUCAGACCAAGUCCAUUCCAUCCAGCGGUCGACCCCUAAGACGUAAUCAUCAAUUUUAACAUUCUGUUCAUUCAAAACAGAACUUUUCUCAAAUAUAUAUUAAUAUUAUUAAAUAUUAGCAUAUUGUGCACAUUUAGGUUAGGUUAGGUGUUUAGGUUCUGUUGGCGAUUAUUUGUAUUUGUUUAACAUGUCUAAAGAUAAUCUAAUCGUGGGUGAAGCAUUUACAGCGUUGUUGUUCGAACUAAAGUCGUCAGCGAAGCACUUGUUCUGCAAGUGUUCGAACGUCAUCAGUUGUGAGUCGUGUGUAAACCGUUUCUCAUUCAUAAAUAGAGGGUUUGGCGGGUGCAUGGAAUGGACUUUGGCCUUUGUUUAUGAGGACGGACUUCAUAAACAAAGAUCAAAUGCUUCAGAACCCCGUUUGUGAAUGAAAAUCGGUUUCACACGACUCACAACUGAUGACGUUCGAACAUAUCAAAAAGGGUUUAUUAUUUAGCGUUUGAAUUAUAUAGAUUUGGUUACAUCUUUCUAUGAAAAGUUGAAAAUUUUGAGCUUAACAUUCUAGGGUCUAGAAUUGAGAACAUACUAGGUGGACCUUGUACAGGUACCACUGUUUACCUUCUGUUACCCCUGAUUCCUCAAGCAUUUACACAAUCGCAUCCGAAACCUGGGGCCAGAUUCACGAAGCAGUUACGCAAGUACUUACGAACGUGUACAUCUUUUCUCAAUCUUUGACGGCUUUGUUUACAAUUAUUUGACAGUUUAUGAGCUCUGAAUCA